CUAGAGCGUUUCAAGGAAUGGAAUCUUCCCCAGUAUGAAAUUAUUAGAUAUAAACUAGCUUAAUGAUACUAAGGACUACAAGCUUUUAGGAUACUUGAUGAUGUUUCUCUCUGGGAUGGAAUGCUGGUUUACCUUCAAGCCUCUUCAUUAGCAUUGCUGUGACUGAAUGUAUAUCCAGUUCUUUCCAGUUCCCUGAUGUCCUCACCAAGGAAGCUCCUGACCCAGCAUCUUGUUUGGCCCCCAAACUGCAGCAGCUUCUGGUUUGUCUCCCAGCAGCAGGGAGCCUCUCAGUCUUUUCCAUAGGAAGUUAGGAGCCUACAUUCCUUGAGUCAGGAGCUUAUUGCUAGAAAAUCCCUUUCCCUGAGCUUUUGGCCAGCAGAAAUUAAUGUAACUGACAGGAAUAUUGAUUCUAAAUUCUUUUUCAUGAGUUGCUUUUUUAUUUAAAAUUUUUUAAUGACCAAACCUUGCAGGGCUGGGGGUGCCCAGAGGAGUGGAAUAUUAAAGCCCUUGUUCCUUUGUCUUUCUAGGUUACCCACUCACAUUCAUCUGCUUGUCAUUUGACUGCUUGUAUUUUGACUUUUUAUCCAGAGCAGUAACUCACUGUCUUCCUUCAGGGACCUCACAGCUGAUGCUCUGUUUGUGGGUGCUAUGCAGAAUGCAAUUUAAUGGAUAUUUCUCAGUCUGGUUCAGAAUAAAUAGAACCCUUGAUCCUGGAAAGUAUAGACUGAAGUGUGGGGGUGGGGUAAAUAUUAUGAUUGGGGGAGGGCUAGAGACAAAAGCUGUAAAUUACUAUGGCUGGUUGAUUUAUUUCUACUAUAUACAUAUAUAUAUAUAUAUAUAUUUUUUUUUUGCUUUUGUAUAUCCUAUAUAGGAAACUAAGCAUUGUAUUUUUUUAACAAAUCUGAGAAAGCACUAUAACUGCAGAUGUUUGACUUUCAGAAUAUAUUUUGUAUUUUAAUAUCUUCACAUUGCGUGAAUACUGGAAGCUGCAGAUCUUUGCUAGGACAUAAUACAUUUACAGACUUGUGAGGGGUUCUUCUGGGGGUAUUAAUCAGGCCCCUGUUGUGCUUUGGGAGAGCCCUGGUGCUACUUGCUUCAGGUUUUCAUUCAAUUGUAAGUACCCUGAUGCCUUUUGGACUUUGGGAUCAGAUCAAGUGAGUUUUAAGAGAUCCAGGUACCAAGGAAAAGAGGAUAGUCUAGCUGCCUCAAAUGAGGAGCUCUUUGCAAAGCUCUCCUUUCCCCAUCCAAAUCUGGGUAGCCUCUUUGGAGUUGGGAGGAGAAAUGCAAAAUCUCAGAAUUUCAUCUCCUUUAGAAGAGAGCCAGUAACUUAAUGUGCAGGAUGAAAGGUGGCAGCAGUAGCUUUGGGGAAAGGGAGGAGGGUAUGGCACUUCUCCAACCCCGGAAAACAUUGCUUUUGAAAACCGCCAAUAAAAUAUGGGCAGGUUAUUACUUUGGUUUGGGAGCGUGUGCUCUCUUUGGUGCCUCCUCUUGGCUCUCCUCCUGGGGUACAAACCUCUUUUGGGAGGAUGAGCAGACCAGCUUUGAGGUUGACCUAUUCUUUUUUUUGUCUGCCUUCCCUAAACACCAGUCCCCAGGAGGACAUUAAGCAGCCUUAAGCUUAAGUUUCUACUCCCUCUUCCAGAUUUGGUCCACUUGCCUUCGACUGAAGACUGGGAAAGGGAGAAAAAGUGGAGUCUUCAUUCCUCUCCUAGGUCUUCUCCAAUUCGACUUCUACAAACCCAAAAAGACUUCCUCCAAAAGAUUUAUUUGAGAGAAAUUAGUAUUCUGUCCCAUUUCCCCGUUUCCUCAUUAUCAAACAACCCUACCUUCCUUGUCCCUGCUAAAGGAGAAUCCCUCAACUCCCUUCAGUAUCAGAGAAAAGCAUAACGAAUGGGUUUAAGUGGCUGCAGGGCUGCAGACAGCCAGAACUUUAUUGAUACCUCUCCUGGGGUGUGUGUUUUCCUCUCUCACCUUCGGGAACUACACUGUGCCUUCUCCGCAGGGGAUGGGCUUCAUCAACCCAGCCCUCUACUUUCCUAGCAGCUGCUCUUGAACAGUGUGAACAAGGCAGGUCUUUUAUAUAUCUGAUCACCCCUUUCUCCCAGUGGCCUUCCAUAGUCCUUACCUGGAGUCUAGGACACAAAGACUUUGGGGAAAGGUGGGGAAACUAUGCUGAGAUUGACCUGAGGAGACACCUUCCUCACACACCAAUGGCAGCUGCCCCAGGGCCUGCUUCCUCUUCUGGAGUUUGUCAUCCUCUGGGAGGGAGGGGCAGUGCUCCAGUCUCUGGUGCCUCAAAGAAGUUUGUUUCUAAUGCUGACGGUAACCAGUCUCCUUACCACUGUUGCCUUUAUAAAUCUCUUAAUAUUCUCAUGCUGUGUUUUGUUGGUUCCAGUCCAGUCACCGCCAGGGCUGUGUGGGGAAACACUUCGAAGUGCGCUCUCAUCUUUCUUGAUCUUUUUUCCCCCCGAGAUCUUGUGUAUGUAUGAUGCUAAUCUCUUAUCUUUUAGUUUCUUCCUGCUCUUUUGUAUAUCUUCCUUUCUUAUAUCUCCCCCUACCUUUUAUCUCUGGGUAUUUGGGGGGCUUUUUUUUUUUUUUUUUUUUUUUGCCUUUUGUACAAAGAUUAGUUUCAAUGUAGUCUGUAGCUCCUUUGUAAACCAAUUAAAAAAAAGUUUUUUUAAUAAAAAGCCAUGUCUCUGGUGUGUUGAGAGGGUUGGGAAUGGGGAGAAUAAUGGUUAAAAUGAAUCCAACAAAGGCUUCCAACUACACUGUUGUGCUCCCAUACAUGUUAAUCAGCACAGUUGCCCUGCACUUCACUCCCAGGUAAAGAGCUUCAUGAUCCUAUCAGUUUGCUACAACUGCACAGAAAUGUGGAGGACCAAGAGGAACGGGCAGCGCCGAGCUCUUUUUUUUUUAAUGAGCUUUUUAUUUUGGAAUACUGUUGAAGGGAAGUUGCAAAGAUAGUACAUAGAGUUUCCUUAUACCCCUUACACAGUUUUCCACAUUGUUAACUAUCAUGGUGCAUUGUCAAACUAAGAAACUGACACCGGUACAUUAGCUAAGCCCCAGGUUUUAUGGUUUUCACCAGUUUUUCCAUUGAAAUCCUUUUGUUCCAGGAUCCAUUCCAGGAUACCAUGUUGCAUUUAGUUGAUAGGUCUCCCCAGUCUCCUCUGAUUUGUAACAAUUCGUCUUUUGUUUUUCACAACCUUGAUAGUCUUUGGGAGUAUUGGCCAAAUACUAUAGGUGUUCUGUAGAAUAUGCUCUAUCUGAGUAUGUGAUCUUUUUCAGAUUAUUAUACUGAGCUUCCGGGGAUUUGGGGAAAAAUACACACUUACCUGUGUAUUCUUCCAAAACCUAUCACAUCCUUUCAAGGGAAAAAUGGUUACGUGACAUUACUGAUGAUAAUCUUCAUCACUAGGUUAUGGUACUAUUUGCCAAGUUUCUAUUUCCCUAUUCUUUGGAAGCAAGCUGUUAAGUCUAGCCCACUCUUAAUGGGAUUGGUGGGAGUUCAGCUUCCCCUCUGGGUGAGAACAGUAUAAUACAUAUUUGGAAUUCUGUAAUGAGACUGUCUCUUCUCCAUCAAUUUAUAUUAAUAUGUCCUGUGUAUCUGCUUUAUUCUUGGGUUAAUGUAUCACUAAGGUUUUUUUCUUCUGCUCUAGCUUUUUAUCCCAGCUUUGGCCAUUGGUGCUCUUUCAGAAUGUCUUUAUGUGUCCCUUUGGUAUGUCUACAUCUUUUUUUCAGUAGUUUCUGAUACACAAGGUGCCUCAGGCUCAGUUUCGGGUUUCCCUGCCCCAGCUCUAGGGUCAGCCAUUUCCGCAAGGAGCCUUGGUUCUCUUUAUUGGGAAACGGUAUUUAGAAACCAAGAUCUAGCUCCCAACGUAUUUUACAUUCAUUUAAUAACAUCUGUGUGUAACAUGAUUGAAUCUGGAUUGCGGCCCCCUCUGAAACUGAAAUUGAAAUUAUUCUGAUAGGCUUUACAAUUUCUCAUCAGCCUAUGGCUUCACUUCCCUUCCUAUCAAAGAAUCCUUGGUCAACUGUUUAUACUAAGGCUACCAGCAUUUUCUAUUGACUCCCUGUAUCUGCUUUGUCAAUCACUCCGUCAUGGGUAAACUCAGCCAUUGAUUUCCUUAUGUAGCCAUUAGCAAUGGAACAUUUUAACAUUUUACUGGGGAGUUUUUGUUUAUUUUGGGGGGGCCAGGGUUGUUUGGCAGCCUUAAACAGUCUUUAUAGUUGUGUCAUCUGUUCUAUCGAUAAACAUCAGUUGAGCUCUUAUGUCCUGGGUCCUAAGCUAGGUUGAAGAUGAAAAAAAAAAGAUAAGCCUUGCUACCAAGUUCUGCAUUAGUCUGGUAAGCGAGACAAAUACCAUUAAUUGUAAAUUGCCAAAUCCUGACCCCAUUUUUCAACAGAUGAUUUGCUUCCUAUUUCAUGGAGAAAAUGGAAACAUAAAUUUCCAUCUCUCUUCUCCCUACAAACACCUGUGUAUUCACCAAUACCAGUUUUACCCCCUUCUCUAGUAGGAGAAAUACUUUUCCUUUGCAAGGCCAACCCUGCUACUUGUCCUCUGCACCUUACUUAAUCUUUGACUUCUUUUUGUUCUUGGUUUUGGUAUUUUCUUUCAUUGUUAGUCUCUCCUGGAUUCCCUUCUGUCAGCCAAUAAGCAUGUUAAAGUCUCUCCCUCUGCAUUUUGAAAAACCUCUGUUAACUCUUCAAGCUGCUGAUCCAGUUCUUUCCAUUUCCAAAGUUAGUGAAAGUCGUUUUCUUUUCUUCACUCCUCAGGCCACUUUGUUCAUCAACCACCAUUUACCAAAUUGUUUCUCAUAACCAUCAGUGACCUAGUUGCCCGCUCCAGUGGUCUUUUAGAUGUUGGCCUCUUAGACCUCAGCAACAACCUGCAUUUUAGAGCUUUUUUCCCGUGGAGUGUGUAACUGAUACUCCCCUGGUUUUCCUUCACCGCCUGAGUAGUCAAUUCUUGUCUCCUUCCUAACCACUUCUUCCUCCAUUCCUUAAAUACUGGUGUUUCCUGUCUGCCCUUUCCUUACUCUACCCUUCGUCUCCUUGAACAAGUUGCAUCCAUGAUAGCUAUUACAUACGUCCCUAACCUUAAGCCCUAACUUUUCCCUCAACCUGUCAGCCUGCUUACUGGACAUUUUCAUCUGGAUGUCCCACAGAAAACUCAAACUCAACAUGUAAGAAGGGGAAAUAAUCCUUUGUGUCUCCCAUUUCAUUUAACAUUUCCAUUUGACUUAAGAAUCAUCUUUAAAUUCUCUUUAAUCUACCAAAAUUCAUUUGAUUACCAAUCCUAUCAAUAUUACCACAAUAUAUCUCAACUUUUGCCUUUUUUAUUAUUUUUACUGUCCUAGUACUAACAUUGGCCACUACUUGAGUCUUACAACUGAUCUCCCUACUUCUAGUCCCUCAGCCUCGAUCAUCUUAUCUACCACAUCACUACCACACCCCUACCUAAAAUCCUUAGCUCUUAGAAGUCUUAGUUCCUUGAUAGAGAAUUGAAACUUUUCCGAUUUGGUCCCAGUCUAUCUCUAGGGUCAUUUUCUGCUUCAUAUCUCCUACUCCUUUCUCCUGCUCAAUCCCUCUGCCCUCAACACACAGGUAAUGUUCAUACCUUUGUGUCUUUAUUCUUGCUGUUCCCUUUGCCUAUAAUAAUCACCCUCCUUUUACUCAUUUUCAGUGUGUUUACCUUUGACACAAUUUAAAUAUCCCUUUCUCUGUGAAACCCUCUGGGCACCUUUUUUCCCUUGACUUCUAUGCCCUGGACAGAAUUAGCUUAUUUGAUCUUUCUGCUGGUACAGCUCCUUGCUCAAACCCCUAGACUGACACAUAAUUUUCUGGUUGCUUGUUCAUAUGUCUGUACCUUUCUAGAGAAUGGAUUCCUGGAGGGCAGGAAUCACACGUAUCUUUGUAGGCCCAGCACCUAAUGCAAUACUUUUUUAAGAUCAGGACCUAAUAGAUAUUUGCUGAAUUGAAGGAAUAAACAACUCACUUUAGCCUUGUAGUCAGUGGUGUCAAAGGUAUUAUUGGGCCACUGAAGACUUUAAUCAGGGGAUCCUAAUGAAGGCCUUUGUGUAUGUAGAAUCCAGGAAGCCUCCAUUCCUAUGCUAAGGCCUCUUCUCAGGACCUUUCUCAUCCCUCAGCUCUCAGAUUCUUACCCCUUCUAUCACCAUCUUAGCUCUAAAACUCUUGACUGCUCAGAGCAGAUACUGUUCCCAUAAACCUGGCGGGAAUGCUUCUAUAUUUGAGAGGAAUAGUUACCCAGCUUUGGGUGAGGAGAUUCUACCUUACUGCCUGAUCCUAAUCUUGCUCUGCUCUGGAGGAGAUAAUCUAAGACACUCCAGACACAAGAAGCUAUUUGACCUUCAACUCCACCCUUUUCUUACCCUUCCCUGCCCCACCCCUGCCCCCAACUAUCUGAUCUGGGAGGUGGUGAAGGAAGUAGCAACUCAGUACAACAGUCCACCUCACUGGUAGGGCCCUACAGGCUCCCAGAAGGGCCCAAGGUAGGGAUGGGCAGCUGUUCAUGUGCCUCUAGCCUUGGUCAUUCCUCCAGCCGCUGAUUCACAAAUGGUGGUGCUUUUACUCUCUCCUUUCAUGCAGGCUCACCAGAAGGAAGACUCCAGAAUCAGUAGUACUCAGAACCCUUAUCCCUGGUCUAAGCCAUACCAUUCCCAGAAAGGGUUUCCAGGCAGCCACCAGGGGGAUGGAAGGCUGGGAAAACACGGAACCGGUCGUCUCUAACUCAAUUCUUGUGGGAGCCACCUACUCAUAAGGGUGGAAACAAAUUACCUAUUACUGUAGUUCCUUACUCUGGGGAAGAGACUGGUGGAGUUGGACUCCUGUUUCUCUAUUGCCACACAAGCCAUAAACUUUCCAUCUCCAUGCUGGCACUCCCUCUACACACCCUAUACUCUCCCUUCACAGUUUACAGUCCCAGCAGGUUAACAGAUGCAGGAGCUGUACGAUACAGACACUAGUCAUCAGAGGAGGCCCUUUCUGCCCUCUCCUUGCACUGAGUUUCUCCUAUGUCUACUGACCUCUAGUGUUGAUAGUUUGAACUGUACCCUCGCUUUCCAGUUAGUGGCUUAAUGGCAGGUAAUGGUGCAAUAUUUUCUCAACAAUACAAAUUCAAAUAUUCAAAUAUUGUAUUAGGAAAUAUAUAUUUUUUUGAUAUAAUUAAGGUACAAUUACCUGAACAACAUUAUGGUUACUAGACUCCCCCCAUUAUCAAGUCCCCCUCACCCCAUUUCAGUCACUGUCCAUCAGUGUAGUAGGAUGCUAUAGAAUCAUUACUUGUCUUCUCUCUAUAUACUGCCUUUCCCGUGUCCCCCCACCUACAUUGUGUGUGCUAAUCGUAAUGCCCCAUUUUCCCCCUUAUCCCUCCCUUCCCACCCACCCUCCCCAGUCCCUUUCCCCUUGGUAACUGUUAGUCCAUUCUUGGGUUCUGUGAUUCUGCUGCUGUUUUGUUCCUUCAGUUUUUUCUUUGUUCUUACACUCCACAGAUAAGUGAAAUCAUUUGAUACUUGUCUUUCUUUGCCUGGCAUAUUAGGAAAUACUUUUAUUGCUGACUUUUGUAUUUGUUUUCAGGCAUCCUGGCAAUGCAAAGAACAGGUUCAAAUCCUAGCUCUGCUAUUGCCUAGCAGAAUGACCCUGGGCAAGUUUCCUGAGCUCUGUAACCUAUAAAGUGAAGAUAAUAAAAAGUAGUGGGAGCAUUAGAUGGAAUAAUUGUAAAGUGCACAGCCCUAGCUGUGCCCUAGCACAGCGGUGCUCAACGAAAGUUUGUUACCUUCCAGCAAUGGUGAGUUAUUCAGUGAAUGAAGCAAUGUGAUUUUUUAAUUUUGGAAAUGUAAAACUUACCAUUUAUACCCAUUUCCAAUGUAAUCUUUUUAAACUCUGAGAAAUUUUAUAUAAAUGCUUUCUCAUUCUUGAGUUUGGAAAAUGAGGUCAACUCUAGUAUGGUUUGUGAAGCGUCUUGCCCAGGGUGCUGCAGAUCUGAGCCCUGAAAAUAAGGGUUAGAAGGGAUCUUGGGCACAGCUGAAUGGCUCUGAGCAUUUGACCUCACUUUGGUUUCCAGCCUGGGAAGAGCUGAUAGGAUCCAGCACUUUCUUAUAGGAUGAGCAAAGGGCAGAAAUUUGAAGUUAGGCGUCCCUGGGUUCUCAGCUGGCCUCCAAGGCACCCUCCUCCCACUUUGCAGAGGAGAGAGGAGGUGGUUGAACAGAGGAGGAUAUGAGAUUGGCUUUCUGCUCCUCCCUCUCUCUCUCCCUGCUUUUCCCCACACCCAUCCUCUCCCCCACAGCAGCUGUCUCCCCCACAGAGACUGGGGAGAGGGAGGGGGGCGGAGUUGGGGACUAAAGGACCAGAAGCCCCACAGUACUCUGUAUCUGAAGGUAGCUCUGGCCAGGGGCAGCUGUGCGGCUCAUGUUCCCCUUCUGCUGCUCCUCCUCCAGCACGAUGCUGGGGACUCUGGGCUUUUGGGCACUGCUUCCUGCAGCUGUGCAAGGUAGGUGUCUGCAGAGAGGGGCAGGGUCCUCCACCUACCCACUGGAAAGGGGCAUUGAAGCAACAGCCACCUCUUUGGAAGAGUGGUGAGUGGGUGGGCGAGUGAGGGCCAAAGGCAGACCCAUGUGUCUCCCUGGUGGGGUCAGGUUCCAGGCCUCUACUGACCCAAUUUCCUUCUGUGACUUUACCAUACCAGCUCUGGGAUAUGAAAAAUGUUUUGUCUCUCCUUUUGGCUGUUGUUUUUGCCCCAGCAUUCACUCCCAUCUUGAACUCUCCCCUUUCCCCAUCUUGGGCCACAGCACUCCCAAGCAGGCGGACCUGUGUGUUCUUUGAGGCCCCUGGAGUUCGGGGAAGCACAAAGACACUGGGGAAGCUGCUAGAUGCAGGACCAGGGCCCCCCAGGGUUAUCCGUUGCCUCUACAGCCGCUGCUGCUUUGGGAUCUGGAACCUAACCCAAGACCGGGCACAGGUGGAGAUGCAAGGAUGCCGAGACAGUGAUGAGCCAGGCUGUGAGUCCCCCUACUGUGACCCAAGCCCCCGAGCCCACCCCAGCCCCGUCUCCACUCUCUUCACCUGCUCCUGUGGCACUGACUUCUGCAAUGCCAAUUACAGCCAGCUGCCUCCUCCGGGGGGCCCUGGGACUCCUGGCUCCCAGGGUCCCCAGGCUGUCCCAGGCGAAUCCAUGUGGAUGGUGCUGGUGUUGCUGGGGCUGUUCCUUCUGCUUCUGCUGCUGGGCAGCAUCAUCUUGGCCCUGCUACCACGAAAGGCCCGCAGAGUACGAGGUGGGCCAGAGCCAGAGCCAGAGCCAGAGCCAGACUUAGGCAGCGACUGGAGUGCGGAGCUGCCGGAACUGCCGGAGCUGUGCUUCUCCCAGGUAAUCCGGGAAGGCGGUCACGCUGUGGUGUGGACUGGGCGGCUGCAAGGCGAGCUGGUAGCCAUCAAGGCCUUCCCCCUGAGGGCUAUGGCCCAGUUCCAAGCAGAGAGAGCCUUGUAUGAGCUGCCAGGCCUGCAGCACGACCACAUUGUCCGCUUUAUUACCGCCAGCAGGGGGUGCCCUGGCACCUUGCCCUGUGGGCCUCUGUUGGUACUGGAACUGCACCCCAAGGGCUCCCUAUGCCACUACUUGACCCAGCACACCAGUGACUGGGGAAGUUCCCUGCGGAUGGCACUGUCCCUGGCACAGGGUCUGGCAUUUCUCCAUGAAGAGCGCUGGCAAGAUGGCCAAUAUAAACCAGGUAUCGCCCACCGAGAUCUGAGUAGCCAGAAUGUGCUCGUUCGGGAGGAUGGAUCAUGUGCCAUUGGAGAUCUGGGCCUUGCCUUGGUGCUUCCUGGCCUCGCUCAGCCCCCCACCUGGGCCCCUACCCAACCCCGAGGCCCAGCUGCCAUCAUGGAGGCCGGCACCCAGAGGUACAUGGCGCCAGAGCUCUUGGACAAGACUCUGGACCUGCAGGACUGGGGCACAGCCCUCCGGCGAGCUGAUGUCUACUCUCUAGCUCUGCUCCUGUGGGAGAUCCUGAGCCGCUGCCUGGAUUUGUGCCCUGACAACAGACCGGCACCCUUCCAAAUGGCCUAUGAGGCAGAACUGGGUAGCACCCCCACCAGCUGUGAGCUGUGGACCUUAGCAGUGGAGGAGAGAAGGCGCCCCUACAUCCCUUCCACCUGGUGCUGCUUUACCACAGACCCUGGUGGCCUGAGGGAGCUCCUAGAGGACUGUUGGGAUCCAGACCCGGAAGCACGGCUGACAGCUGAGUGUGUACAGCAGCGCCUGGCCACCCUGGCCCACCCUCAGAAGGCCCACCCCUUUCCAGAGGUCUGUGCACACAGCUGCCCACCUCCCUGCCCAGAAGACUGUUUCUCAACUCCUCCCUGCCACCAUUCUCCCUUGUAGGCCUCAGCUGAGUGUCUGCCACUUCAGUGUUCAGCAAGGCCCUUGUUCCAGGAUCUCCAAACUGCCUGUACCAUUUCUUACAUGUAAAUAUGCAGCUUUUGUGUGAUCUAUAUACAUGCUAACAUAAACAUGGUGCCUUUCUGCUCUGCCUUACCACUGCCUUUCCUACUUGCUGAAUUCUCAGAUCCUUCUGUGGGCAUUCGGUUCACUGCAGUUUUGGCCAGUGACUGGGGGCAGGUGUACAAAGGAAAGACAGCUUUCCUGAUUCUCUGUCCUUGGGCGCCUUUCUCCCUCCUGUGACCCUGAGCUCCUCCUGUCUCUCUUCUUUUCCUUCUCUUCCACAAGCUUUAUUUGGCAGGAUAUCAUGCUAGGCACUGGGGAAGGGAGGGUGAAUACAACGUAAUUGCUGCUCUGAAGGUUCUCAGAGACCCACUUUGUUGGAGUCCUGUACAAUGUCCUAGGGGAAUGUCCUUUUCUGAGGCUUGAGUGGGAAGGUCUCACAGCACAGGAUGCUUGAGCUAGGUCUUGAAUGGACAGUUUUCCAGGAGUGUAGGGUGUGCGGUGGCAGGACCCAACUCCUGCAUUUGCCUCUGGGCCACCUAUUCUUCCCCAGUCUCGGUUAAACACCCCUCUCUAAAUAAUCUUUAAACACACUUUUAUUAUGUCUUGCUUCUACUCAACAGUCUGAUUGCCUUUCUCAUGACAAACCUGUGAGUACCAUUUAUAGAGAAGGAAACCAAGGAAUCAAGAGAAGUUUAUAAAUAUAUCCAAGAUCACAGAUUUAACAGAGCAGGGAUUUUCAGCCAUUAAAAAUGAUGUUGUCACAAUGCCAUAAAUUAUUAGAAAUGGAUAAUGUCACAUGAAAAGAAUAUACACAUAUAAGCUGACAAGUCUAGGGUUAUGUUAGGUUAGAAAUAAACAUAUGAUCACAAAGUAAACACACAAAUCCCAAUAGAGGGUCAUUUUACAAAAUACCCGACUGGUAUUCCUCAAAACUAUCAAGAUCAUCAAAAACAAAUUCUGAGAAACUGUCACAACCUAGAUGAGCCUAAGGAGACAUGACAAGUAAAUGUAAUGUGAUUUCCUGGACAAGGUCCUAGAAUAGAAUGGACAUUGAGUGAAAACUAAAGAAAUCUGAAUAACGUAUGGAGUUUAGUUCAUACUCAUGGAUCAUUAAGGUAAUGAACACACCAUACUAAUGUAAGAUGUUAAUAAUAGGGGGAAUGAUUGGGGGAAUGGAGUGUGGAAUAUGAAAACUCUAUAUUCCCUUCUCAAUUUUUCUGUAAAUUUAAAACUGUUCUAAAAAAAUAAAGCUUAUUAAGCAAACAAAUGAUGGCCAUCUCCAAAACUUCAGAGAGACCAUAAAUACAAAGAACCAAAGGAGAAUUGUGGUAAGCAUUGCAAUGUUUACUUGCUCUGUUUUUGAGUGGGUGUGUUGUGAGAUGUUAUACUGAAGGGAUCACUAACAUAAAAGCUAGAAAACCCAGAUUAUAAUCUUAGCUUUCCUAGCUGUAAACUCUUCUACUUGUUUAAUUUUCUCACAAAGUUGAAUAAAUGAUUCUCUAAGUCAUUUCCAACCCUAUGAUUUUAAUUCUAUGGUUCUAUGAUAAAUGAUUAAAGUUCCAGUUGUGAUGAUUACUUGACCAAAAUCUAGUGUUUACCUACUAUGGUAUUGCCAUGAUUGUGAUCCCAUGCUUAUGGGGAUGCAAUAUACAUGCUAAUGAGCUUUUUAGAAACUGGAAAACAUAACUCUAUAAAUAGAGAUGGACUCAUGGGAGGAAAGCUGUGUGGAUGAAAAUGGGUAGUGGAAGGUGGGAAGAAGACUGAUUUUUGUUGUUGUUUACUGCCUACCUUUUUAAAAAUUUCUUGAAUUUUGAACUCUGUUUUUUUCUAUUAAAAUUAGAUAUUUACUUAUUAAUUAAAAAUUUCUAAGCCUAGAAAAAAAGACUAGGGGGGAAAUGCCAAAUAUUAACAGUAAUGAUUCUGUUUGGGUGAUGGGACCUCAAAAGUAAUUUGCUUUUUCUUUCUACUUUCCUGUACUUUUCCAACUUUAAUUCUCAUAAUUACUUAAAGAAUGUAGGAAAAGCAUGCAAUCCAAUUUCCUAUCACCAGGAAAGAUUCUUUGAAAAACCACAUGUGACUUGACAUUUCCUCCCUUUGGCACUUAUGAACACAACUUGUAGCAUAUUUUGUGCUUUAGUGAUACAUUGUUUGCUGAAGUCAUUUCAUUUGUGAGCUUCGUGUUCUCACCUAGACUGUAACUGAAAGCACGGAGGGUGUGAAGGAACAUAUUUUAUAUUCCUCUGGUUUCUUUAGAGCACCUAGUUCAGGACUCUGCCACAUAGCCUGGUGGACUGGAUGGAGUCCUGGGUUCCUGACCUGGAUCUGCCACUAACUAGGGUGGAACCUGCCAUAAGCCACUUCUCUUUUCUGAGCCUCAUU